AUGGCGACUGUUUUGCUUCGACCUUUCCUGAAGGAAAAGGACGAAACAAUCGUGACAAGUGAGAUCCUCAACAGCAGCCCCUCAGAUUCGAAGGAGAGCAUUCCAACUACACAAGCUGAUAUACCUGAGCUUGGUGUCCCUGCGAACGAGAAGAAGUUCUGGUGGCAGAGGGGUCGAGGCUAUGACCCUGAUGCCAUUGCAACUCUUCCGUCCGUGUUCGAUGACCCUGAAACCGCCAAACACUAUCAGCCUCGCGCCGACUGGGAGAACAUCCGCCGGUUUGAUCCUCUGGCGAGAUGGACAUGGCGCGAGGAGUACGCUGUCCUGCGGAAGAUCGACUUCCGAAUCAUGAUCUUCGCCUGCAUCAUGUUCAUGUCUUUGGAGCUGGACCGCUCGAACCUGACGCAAGCCGUCACGGACAACUUUCUGGGCGACCUUGGAAUGAAUACAAAUGACUACAACUGGGGAAAUACCGUCUUCAAACUCAGCUUCCUGUGCGCCGAACUCCCAUCCCAGCUGGUAUCCAAGUGGAUGGGUCCCGACCGCUGGAUCCCUACCCAGAUGGUGCUUUGGUCCAUAGUGGCCGGUUCACAAUUUUGGCUUUCUGGUCGGGCUAGUUUUCUUACGUGCAGGGCUCUGCUUGCACUUUUGCAGGGUGGUUUCAUACCAGAUAUGAUCCUAUAUCUCUCAUACUUCUACAAGCACGGCGAGCUUUCUUUGCGGCUAGGUUUCUGGUGGACAGCCAUGUCCAUCGCCGACAUCAUCGCCAGUUUCCUUGGUGCUGGCUUGCUGGACCUUCGAGGACACCUUGGUGAGGAAACCAUCAUGGUCAACAGGAUCAUCAGGGAAGAUCCCAGCAAGAGUACCAUGCACAACAGGCAGCCGAUCACUCCGAAGCUGCUCUGGCAGAGUCUGACGGACUACGAUCUCUGGCCUUUGUAUCUGAUUGGGCUCAACUUCCAAACUCCAAUGACGACCCCCACGCAAUACUUGACCCUGUCACUCAAACAGUUGGGAUUCGGCACCAUCAAGACGAACUUGCUGGUGGUCCCAUCAACAAUUGGGCACAUUAUCACGAUGCUACUCUUCACAUACCUUGCGGAGAUUGUGGGUCAGCUUUGGAUCUUUGGCCUGCUCGCGCAAUUAUGGGCCCUCCCCUUCCUGGCCUACAUCUAUGCGAUCGACAUCAACUCGAUCAAUAAAUGGACGGCGUUCGGCAUCAUGACUGUCCUUCUUGCGUACCCGAGCACACACGCUAUCCAGGUCGGAUGGAGCUCGAGGAAUUCCAACUCGGUUCGUAGCCGUACGGUGAGUGCCGCGGUGUACAAUAUGGCAUGCCAAUCUUCUGGUAUCAUUGCAAGCAACAUCUAUCGGCAAGGCAAGUCUCAGACCCUGACAAGACCGAUGGUUCUGAUUGCUGACCGGCCAUUUUUAGAUGAUCGACCCCGCUAUAGUCGCGGGAACCGAGUCCUUGUCUCUCUGUGCGCUUUGAACGUGGGGAUCUAUGUGUUUGCAAAGGUUUACUACGUCUUGCGCAAUAGGCAACGUGACCGGAUCUGGAACAACAUGACGGAUGAGCAGCGCGCGGAGUACCUUGCCACGACAACCGACAAGGGGAACAAGCGUCUGGACUUUCGCUUCGCUAGCUGA